GUGACUGGUAACAUUUUGUUGACGGCGGGUGUUCGAAUCCAGUAACAUAAGGAAAGAGAUAAUGAGAGGAAAAUAUGUUUUCACACUGUUUAUCUUGGAAUGUUUUUAAGUCGUUAAUUUCUUAAAUGGCACGUUGCGUGACGGUUGUCUGUUUACUUACGUUUGGCGUUGACCAACCUAAACGGCAAUGUCUGUGGUGACAGUGCAGUUGGGACAGUGUGGAAAUCAAGUUGGCCAGGAGUUCUUCAGUGUCCUUUGCAAUGAUUCCAAUAAUGCCAAAGAUAAACUGUACAAGGAUUGCGGUCAUGAGCGGUUCUUUAGAGAGGGGCCCUCAAAAGACCUCACAGCCCGUGCGAUACUUAUUGACAUGGAGCCUAAAGUGAUUUGUCAGACCAUUGCUAAAGCAGCCAAAUAUGGGAAGUGGAGAUAUGGAGACAAUGCACACUUCUGUCAGAAACAGGGCUCUGGAAACAAUUGGGCAAAUGGGUUUUCUUUGCAUGGGCCAAAACAUAAAGAAGUUGUCCAAGAUCUUGUGCGCAAAGAAGUGGAGCAGUGUGACCGCCUGUCGGGCAUUCUCACCAUGAUGAGCUUGGCAGGAGGCACGGGGUCUGGCAUGGGAACCUACAUCACCCAGUGCCUACGGGACAUGUACCCCCAUACUUCCAUUCUCAAUCAUGUCACUUGGCCUUAUAACACUGGGGAGGUGAUAGUCCAAAAUUACAACUCAGUUCUCACACUGUCUCAUCUGUACCAGUUCUCUGAUGCUAUUCUGGUGCAUGAAAAUGACACAGUGCAUAAAAUCUGUGCUCAGCUCAUGAAUAUCAAACACAUCUCCUUCAAUGACGUUAACAAAGUCAUCACCCACCAUCUGGGUAGUGUGCUGCAACCUGUAUACACUGCCAGCUCCUCACGUUACAGUAGGAAUCCCAUUGGUGAAUUCAUGAGUUCACUGGUGAAUCAUCCAGAAUACAAAUUGUUGAGCCUCCAAAACAUCCCCCAAAUGUCUAGUACAUCUCUGGCUUACAGUGUGUUCAACUGGCCUGGCCUGCUCAAACAUCUGCGCCAGAUGCUUAUUGCUAAUGCCAGGAUGGAGGAAGGUAUUGACUGGACCGUGAGAGCACCAUCUGUGAGCAGGUCUGACAGAGGAAGGCCCACUAGGGAGCUGGGCUUCAACAGAUCUUUGGCAAACCUCCUAAUAUUACGAGGAAAAGAUGUGGCAAGUGCUGAAAUAGGUGGUUUUAAAGAUCCAGCACUUUAUGUACCCUGGCUGCCAGUUGAAAGUGCCUUCAGCUCUUGGAGUUCUGCUGUUCCCUUCAAUGGUUAUGAGAAGUCAGCAACCCUGGUCAGCAAUAGCCAGUCCUUACUGGGGCCCUUGAACAGCAUGGUGGGGAAGGCAUGGAACAUGUUUGCUUCCAGAGCCUACAUCCACCAGUACAUGAAAUUUGGUAUCUCAGAGGAGGACUUCCUGGACAGUUUCACAGUUUUGGAGCAGGUCAUCUCCAGUUACUCACAGCUCUGAGAAACACACUCAGCAGGUUUGGGGAAAUUGGCAGUCAUACUUUGUUAUAUGUUGUUUCCGUCUACAUCACAGAAAAACUUUUAACGACUACUUUGGCUUAAGAGUAUAAUGAGAUGUGUGUAAUAUUUAUGUUAGAUGUGCAAGCCCAUGGAAUGAGUUUCUUUAAUGUAUGAUUAAUUUAUAUAUCUCAAUGUAAGUUUUGCCACGUUUGUUUGUCUGAAGAAAUAAAAAGCUAUAUUAUA